AUGAUGCGUCCAUCUCUCUCUCAGAACUAUCCCCGCAGCGGCUUCCCAAUGGAGGUUUCAACUCCAAUAGGUCAGGGUCGAGUCAACCAGCUUGGAGGAGUUUUCAUCAACGGCCGGCCUCUACCGAACCACAUUCGACAUAAGAUAGUGGAGAUGGCCCAUCACGGGAUCCGGCCCUGCAUGAUAUCCCGCCAGCUCAGAGUCUCUCACGGCUGCGUCUCCAAAAUCCUGUGCCGCUAUCAGGAGACUGGAUCCAUCCGGCCUGGAGCCAUCGGCGGCACUAAAUCCAAGACUUCAUCUCUACAUGUGGAGAAGCGCGUUGAGGAAUAUAAACGGGAAAAUCCCGGAAUAUUCAGUUGGGAAAUUCGUGAUAAAUUGCUCAAAGAAGGAAUUUGUGACCGGAACAACGUGCCUUCAGUGAGUGCAAUAAGCCGCAUCAUGAGAGGCCGAUAUGGCGCAAGAGGUGACGAUGAGGAGGAGGAGGAUGAAGAGGACAUCGAGAAGCGCGAGCUGGAAGAACACGCCCGCAGGAGCGGACACAGCAUCGAGGGGAUUCUCGCAGACAGAUCGAGUCCAUCUGAUGAAGGUUCAGAAGUGGAAUCAGAGCCCGAUCUGCCGCUGAAACGGAAACAGCGUCGCAGUCGGACGACAUUCACGGCCGAACAGCUGGAGGAGCUGGAGAGAGCUUUCGAACGCACACAUUACCCUGAUAUCUACACCAGAGAAGAGCUCGCUCAGAGAGCCAAAAUCACAGAGGCACGAGUGCAGGUGUGGUUCAGCAACAGACGAGCUCGUUGGAGGAAGCAGGCGGGAGCCAAUCAGCUCAUGGCGUUCAAUCACCUGAUCCCCGGUGGUUUUUCACAUCCGGCGGUGUCCAGUCUCUCCCCGUAUCAGCUGUCAGAGAGCCCGUACCCACUUGGCCUUUCUCAAGAUUUGAGUGCUGUACACAGACCUCAGCCGCUCCCGCUGCCCGCAGGCCAUCAGAGUGCUGGAGGGGCGGGGCCGGAGGGCGGGGCUUCCUACUGUCUCUCCAGUCGCCAUGGCUACGCAGGAUAUUCAGAUACAUUUGGACCUCAUAACAGUCACACCAACUCUGCCAUCAACAAUGGACUGUCUUCUCAGGUUAUGGGACUCAUAAGCCCAGCUGGAGUUUCUCAUCAGACUCAGGCUGAGUUUUCUCUGUCUCUCAGCGGUGCUCUGGAUUCGGGUGGAUCGGUCAGCAGCAGCUGCUCUCAGCGCAUGGAACCCUUAUCCAGUCUACCUGCCCUGUCCAACCUGCCCAGCCCACAGUCCUACAGCUCGGCCUCCUUCUACAGCAUGGAGCACAGCGCCCCCUACCAGUACAGCCAGUACGGACAAAGUCAUGGUUGGAUGCUAAUCUCCUGUGGCAGGAUCAUGAUGAGAAGCAGCUGCGCUUGUCUAACUCACUAUCCACGCUCGUACAGUUCCGCUCGGAUGAAAUGGACUCCGCACAAAUAA